GAUGAUAAAAGGUAGCAGGAUUCUGCAUGGUUCCAGCAGGAACAGCGAUCAUGGCUCAGAGUUGGUGAUGGAUCAGAGCAGUGCCCAGCAGAACUGUGAGUGACAGCGAGUGACAGUGGGUGACACAGCUGUGAUCCCGUCUGUGAGCAGCACAGUGAUAAGAGGGAUCAGGUCCCGCGGGAGCUUGCAAUCUAACACCGGCUCUUUGGAUGUGAAAUAUUGAUCAGUGGCAGUCUGUGACAUGUCGUGUGGCCCGGGGGAGUGCAGGGGUCUCCCCCUCUAUACCUUCUACUCAGCCCCCCCGGCUUCAGACCCCAUGCAUUAUUCCUCUGUGGCCCUCAGGGCUAACCCACCCUUGAACAAUGGAUCUGGGGCCCCUUGUCCAGCGCAGGACCCCACGCUGCAGGUGAGCAGCCCUUGCAGGGGUUCGAGGGACCUGCAUGGAGACUCCUCGCCCAAGUGCUUCUAUCGCCACUAUCUGACCCGCACCAGCAUGCAGGGCGACGUCUACAACUUUUUGGAAAGACCCAGUGGCUGGAGGUGCUUCAUCUAUCACUUCAGUGUGUUCCUUCUUGUUCUCAUCUGCCUCAUAUUCAGUGUUCUGUCCACAAUUGAACAUUACUCAGAAUUUGCGACUGGAACCCUCUUUUGGAUGGAGAUUGUCCUGGUCGUAUUUUUUGGUGCUGAAUACAUCGUUCGCCUCUGGUCGGCUGGUUGUCGUAGCAAAUAUGUCGGAUUCAAGGGCCGGAUCCGCUUUGCCCGGAAACCCAUUUCUAUCAUUGAUCUCAUUGUGGUCAUCGCGUCCAUUAUUGUUCUUAGUGUGGGAUCCAACGGACAAGUCUUUGCUACAUCUGCAAUUAGGGGUAUCCGGUUCCUCCAGAUUCUGCGCAUGUUACAUGUAGAUCGACAAGGAGGAACCUGGAGGCUGCUGGGAUCUGUGGUGUUCAUCCAUCGACAGGAACUCAUUACGACUCUGUAUAUCGGCUUCCUGGGACUCAUCUUCUCAUCUUACUUUGUGUACCUGGCGGAGAAGGACGCUGUAGACGAGAUGGGAAGAACAGGCUUUUCCAGUUACGCUGAUGCCCUCUGGUGGGGAGUGGUCACAGUGACAACUAUUGGAUACGGGGAUAAAGUUCCGCAGACUUGGAUUGGAAAGACCAUUGCGUCCUGUUUCUCUGUUUUUGCCAUCUCUUUCUUUGCUCUACCAGCUGGGAUUCUGGGAUCUGGUUUUGCUCUCAAAGUGCAGCAGAAGCAGCGGCAGAAGCACUUUAACAGGCAGAUCCCUGCAGCAGCUUCACUCAUACAGACUCUCUGGAGAUGUUACGCUGCUGAAAAAUCCUGUAGCUCCACAGCCACCUGGAAAAUCUACCUGACCCCUCCGGAGCAGAGCAAUAAGACGCCCACAGCCCCAGCCAGCCCAAGCUCACGGAAACAGAACAGAAGAUGUAAGAAGAAGAGCAAAUCUAUACGUGAGGCAUGUGUCAAUCCUAUGAGCCCCGUCCUGGCCCCACUGUGCCUCUCCCCUACCCUCCGGACCCCACGCAGCCCUCCCCAGGAGAAUGCUCUCUCUGUCCCCCACAUCACCUACCAUCAUACCGAGGGGGACAAACCAGAGGACGGCUUGCAGGAUCCAGCAGGUCGGCCUCGAUCUUGGUCUUCUCUCUCUAUCUGCACGUCAUUCAGCCUAACAUCCCAAGGAAGAGGACGACCGGGGCAGUCCCUCCCGGACAUCUCACGGACAAACAGCUAUACAGAUGAUAUGGACGGAAUGAGCGAGGAAAGUGCUCUGCCAGCUGUUACAGAUCUUUCACACACCAUGAGCAGGCUGACAGAAGCUCACAUGAUGGUGGUGAAGGUCACACGCAGGAUGCAGUAUUUUGUAGCCCGCCGAAAAUUUCAGCAAGCUCGGAAACCGUACGACGUGAGGGACGUGAUUGAGCAGUAUUCCCAGGGACACUUGAAUAUGAUGGUACGGAUCAAAGAGCUGCAGAGAAGGUUGGAUCAUUCAUUGGGCAAACCAGGACUCUUUCUGCCAGAGAAAGGAGUGGAUAAGGGAUACUACACGGUUGGUUCUCGGAUCAUGCGCCUGGAGGAAAAGGUGAAUCGGAUGGAUCAUAAACUGGACGAAAUCCUACACAUCUUCCGAACUCAACUGGUGCCAGAAGAGGAUCAGGCGCAGUCCUCCCAACCGUCCUCACCUGCCUCCCAUCAACUGCGCCCUUCCCCCAGCUCCCCCACCCACAGCCGCAAGUUCUGAGGAGCAUCCCAAUCACUUGCAAGUAAAAAGAAGAAGUUCUAACCAUAUGAGACAGCAGCUCCUCGGAGACACCACCUUUACUGAGAGAGUUCACUCACACUAAGAUAGUAAAGGUUACUCUGUAGUCAAUGGGGGACCUCUCCCUGUAUAAUGGGGAGACACCAUCUCCAUUGUUUACAUAGUCUGACUUCUUCCUCUGGACUAUGUAGAACCCAGCUGAACUGCCCAAGAAAGCACAUUGCCCAAACAGAAUGGAAAGCCCAUAAACCAUACUCAUUCAGCAUGGAGCAGAAGGCUUUAUCUACUCAAUCGUUACAACUCAAGCCCCAUAAACAUUCCGAGAGCAGCUCAUAUGUUAGGGGCUCCCAAUACUCGUCCUGCACUUGACAUGAUCACUUGUAUAAAGGAUUGUGAACCCACUUGCCUUAUGUUGACCUCAGAUGAGCACAAUCCACUCCCACUUCAUCUGUGCUCCAAUCAGUACUCAAGGAACGAGUGUGUUAGAACCCAGAUGUGUGUGUGUGUGACAUGAUGCGUUCCAGGUGCCGCGUGUGUAGUGUGCGUAUGAUUGUAACCCCAAAAAGAAAUAAACUUUAAUGACUGCCGAGUCUGGAAGUAUAUGCAAAUCUGAAAUGUAAUAACCUUCCUAAAACUGUUGUGUUGUUUUUAUGUUAUUGCUGAUAUUUGGCCAAAAGGUGGACAUUGGUCAGCUGGGGUAGAGACCUGAGCGGGUUUUUGGAACCCGUAACUCGACCCGUACCCGCAACCCGCAUCAUUUAUGGUGUAGUUUUUAUUUCUAAAUUACAAUGUUUGCACUGCAAAUAAUU